AUGGUUUCCAAGCUGCUUUUUGUUGCUAUAGGUGGUGCUGUGGCGCGUAGCGUUGCCCCUCAAGCAGCAUCCAGUGUUAAUUAUCUGUUUACCUUUGGCGAUUCAUACUCCCAAACGGGGUUUGAUGUCAAUGGUGAACAGCCCUCCGCUUCCAACCCAAUUGGAAACCCGCCAUUUCCAGGAUGGACAGCCGCUGGUGGUGCCAACUGGAUUGGAAGCAUAGUGAAGGAGCAAAACAAUUCUCUUGUUUUGUCAUACAACUUUGCCUACGGUGGCGCCACUGUUGAUGCCAAUAUUGUGAAACCCUACGCAGACACCGUCCUAAGCAUGGUGGAUCAAGUUAACCAGUUUUCGAAUUCACUCGGGAAGAAACCCGCAAAUGUCCCAUGGACAGCGAAAAACACAGUCGUUGGCGUCUGGAUGGGCGUUAACGACGUUGGAAACUCUUUCUAUCUCAGUAACGCUGCUGAAAUUGCCGAAAAGGCCGUUGCAAGGUAUUUUGAACUGCUGCAGAUUUUGUAUAAUGCUGGAUUGCGCAAAUUUGUACUUCUGAGCGUACCGCCAACUGAACUUACACCUUUAAUGAUAGGCCAAGGCGCAGAGUCAAAUGCUAUGCUUGUCAAAUCGAUUACGCACUACAACAGUCAGAUUGCUACUAGGAUCAAGACGUUCAAGAGUAAAAACUCUGGUGUAAAAGCUAUUGUUGUUGACACUUCUGUUGCAUUCAAAAAGGCGAUUCAAUCUCCUCAGAAUUAUGGUGCGCCUAACGCAGUAUGCUAUAAUGCAGAUGGCAAAUCAUGCCUUUGGUUCAACGAUUAUCAUCCGGCAAUUGCUAUUAACAGACUUGUCGCGGAGGAUGUUGCGAGUGCUUUGGAAGCUAACGGUUUUGGGUGGUGA